CCCGCCCCCCGCAUUAUUUCCCAGCUCAUACACUCAGUGCCGAGCACAAACUUUGAAUAACUCAACAGAACUUCAUUGGCUACCAUUCCACCAAUCAACAACGUCCCUGCAUUAACUCUAUCAACGACGGUCCUAACGGCUGCGGAUGCUUUCACUAUUCAGGCAGAAUCGAUGCAAUCUUCGUUCCGUUGCUCCGGCCUGAAUACUGUUCCGUUUACUUCCUCAAACAAGCUGCUGGAGGACCAAGAUGGCGGCGCCCUGAACAUUGUCCCUUGCACAGGACAGUCGUCGCUGUUUACAGGGACUGGUUAUCUGUUCGUGGAGUCGAGGUGGUGAAAAGCCUCAAACACAACCCAGAGGCUGACUUUAUAUUGCGGGCUCCGACAUCUAAGAGCUGGGAGAGAACGUGGCGACUGCAACAGCUAUAAAGUCCAGCAAGGACUAAUGAUCUACUGUGCUGUGUGCUGGGUCUGGAAGACAGCCUGACCGACAUGCUUUCCGAUUAAGAUGAUGUGUCAGUAGAUGAGGGGCCCUUCUGUCCUGUUCUUCCUUAGCCAUGCAGGGCAUUCUGCUGCUCAUCAGUGGUCUGGGAUGGACCCUGGAUCUGCUGCUUCUGGUGCUGGACCUAAAUUAUUGGCUUGUGUCUUCACUUCUGACAUUUCUUUUCCGUGCCAUUCAUUUCAUCCUCAAUUUGCCAGGAACCAUAACCUUUGGCCUAUUACGGUGCUGGGAAAAUGCCCUUGUGUCCAUGGCCCUGCUGGGUGAAACCUGUGGUAACCUGGCACUAGCUUCCAUGCAUGCGGUGGGUGAUGGUGUGCGAGGCCUUUUGUCAGGAUUGGACAGUUUGCAACUUGUAUGGAACCUGAUGUGCCAUGUGUUGCUGCGGAGCAAGGAGAUGAUGCAGCGUGGCCUUCUUAACAUGGCACUGUCUGGACAGAACUUUCAGCUCCAAGUUUGGGAGGCCCUUGGGAUAGCAAGCAGCUUGGUGGCCUACGUUGUGAACAGCUUGGUGAAUGUGUGUCUUAUCGGUGUACAGAAUGUGUUCUCUGCAGUGCUGGGCCUGUGGUUCACUUUGGUUAAUGUGAUCUUUGUAGGGAAAGACUUGAUUGCAGCGCUGCUGUCCCAGAUGUCCAGUUCUGCCGUGGCUGUGGUCAUUCUUUUCUGGACACCAUUUCAGUUGGCGGUGGACUUACUGGUGUCCUGCAGCACGGGGAUAGGUGUAAUACUCUUUAGACACCUUUAUGAAGUUGCCCUACUGUUGCUCUUGCUUUGGUUCUGCCGCAUGAUUCUUAGGCCCUCACCUGCAUUACGUUCAUUCCAAGAAAGACUACACAGGCUCGGCCAUUUUAUCCAGAUACUAAUACGUCAUUCACUCAAUGCAGAAUUAUGGAGAAGGGUAGCUGCCUGGUGUCUACAGCAUGUCAGAAUGUACCGAGCUGCAUGGGAUAGAGACCAUAACCUCCUGAGGACUAGACAACAGAAUGCACCAGUAAGGGUGGUCAGGGCACAGAGUACUGCAGGGACCACUCGAGUGCACAAUCUACCACGUGCACAGGGACAACAUGCCCCAGCUCAGAAUGUGCUGCCUGAACCAAUUCGAGUUCCACAGAGUGUGUCUCCUGUGCCACUGCCCUAUGCAUCAACAUCUCAUGAGACUGAGACAGCAGCUGAAGACCCUUGGAAGCUAUUAAAACAGCAGGAAGAGAGUAAAAAAUGUGUAAUCUGCCAAGAUGAAAAUAAAACUGUCCUCUUGUUGCCAUGCCGCCACCUAUGUCUGUGCUCGCAGUGCUCCGAGAUUCUUCUGCAGCAGCCAAUACUUCAGCGUAACUGUCCACUUUGUCGUAAAAUGAUACUGCAAACACUUACUGUUUACAUGUAAUGCCAUGCUGGCACUAUGGGACUCAAUGACAUACGGAUCUAUCGCUAAUUAAAAGCCACCAACCUUUUUUUUUUUUUUUUAUAGUUUUAAACGUUGGAUCAUCUUUUUAAAGAACAGAGCAGGGGAAAUAUUUUUCUAUUCAAUGUAAGGGUCCAAAUGUUUGUGAAGCUGUGAAAGGGAUUGUAAAUUUUGAUUUCACAAUCUGUAUAAUUCCUAUGUUGUCAUGUUCCUCCACGAUGAAUAGAUGUUUCUUGUGCAUUCCAUGUUUUUGGACAAUAUCAACUGUUGACUAUUCGAAUGUUCAUUUCACAUUUAGUAUUUUGCUUACAUAUAACGUUGCACAGUAUAAAUGCAUCUCAGCACUGUCACUGUAUGUUCUGUGCCAUUCAUUUAAUUAGUAUUAAACCUCUUGUGGCAGAUAAAACCAGUAGUAAGGUGGACUAUAUCAUUAUAUGUAACACUGAUUAUUAAA